AUGCCGGGGGCGGCGCGGCCCCGGGGCCCUGGCGGGGCGCGGAGCGGCAUCCUGGCCUCCCUGCUGCUCUGCGUGGCAGCCGAAGCCGCCACCGGGCGGUGGUGCGAGAGGACGGAGCGGGUGACGGAGGAGGUGGUGGUGACGCCCCGGCGCGAGGAGGCGGUGCCCUGCACCAGCGUGUACCAGUACAGCCUGGCGGGCUGGCGGAUCGACCGGGAGCGCACGCGGCGGGCCCACCGCACCGCCGUCCCGGACGCCGGCACCCCCGUGUGCUACCUGUACAAGCCCCCGGAGACGCGGCCGGUGCCGCGAAACCGCACGGUGCGCGUGUGCUGCCCGGGCUGGAGCGGCCCCCGCUGCACCCAAGGCGCCGGCUCCCUGGGGCGCUGCUUCUCCGGGUGGCAGUGCCAGGACGCGGCGGGCGCCGGCGAGCCGUCGCCCAUGAGCCUGGCCGAGUGCUGCGGGCGGCCCUGGGGGCACAGCUGGAGCAACGCCUCCUCGGCGGCCCUCUGCUUCGCCUGCUCCCACCUGCCCCUCGACGGGGCGUCGGGGCGCCCGUCCCCCGUCCCCGCCCUGGCGCUGCCGCCCCGGCGCCCCUUCGCCUCCUGCCUGGCCUGGGCCGGCUCCCGCUACCGCAGCUUCGACGGCACGCACUUUCGCUUCGCCGGGACGUGCGCCUACAGCCUGGCAGCCGCCGCCGACGGCACCUGGGCCGUCACCAUCGCCGGCGGCACCCCGCGGGCGCUGCACAUGACCUUCGGGCUGGACGCCGUGGCGGUCCGGGGCCGCAACGUCUCCGUGAACGGGGCGGCGGUGCCGGAGGGGGAACCGCGCCUGCGCCACGGCAUCGGCGUCCGGUGGCUGGGCGACUUCCUCGCCGUGGAGAGCGGGCUGGGCGUGCGGGUCAAGUCGGACGGGCGGGACACGGUGCACGUGACGGUCGGCGCGGAGCUGCGCGGCGGCACGCGGGGGCUCUGCGGGCCCUACAACGACGACCCUGCCGACGACUUCCAGCAGCCCGGCGGGGAGGUGGCCGCGCUCGCCGCCAGCUUCGGCAACUCCUGGCGGAUCCCGGACUCGGAGCUCGCCUGCAGGGACGCGGUGGAGGACGGCCCCGGCUGCGCCGAGGCGGAGGGCCGUGCGCGGCAGCCGGCGGCGGAGGAGGUCUGCGGGAAGCUGCUCGCCCCCCCCUUCAGCCGCUGCCACGGCGAGGUCGACCCCGGCGGCUUUUACGCCGCCUGCCUGGACACGUUCUGCCGGGAGGCCGGCGCGGGGCCCUCGCCGCCCGCCGCCGUCUGCGACACCUUUGCCAGCUACGUCCGCGACUGCGCCCAGCGGCAAACCUACAUCGACUGGCGGAGGCCGGGCUUCUGCGAGAGGCGGUGCGGCCCCGGGCAGCGCUACUCGGACUGCGUGUCCUCGUGCCCAGCGAGCUGCGCGGCCGUGGGCACGGCCGAGGAGGGGCACUGCCGCGACGACUGCGCCGGCGGCUGCGAGUGCUCCCCGGGGCUCUACCUGGACGGGGGGGCCUGCGUCCCCGCGAGCGCCUGCCCCUGCCGCCACCGCCGCCGGCAGUACGCGCCGGGGGAGAGCAUCCGCCAGAGCUGCAACCGGUGCACGUGCCGGGGGGGACGCUGGCUCUGCACGCGGGACCGGUGCUCGGCGGAGUGCGCCGUGCUGGGCCACCUGCACUACGUCACCUUCGACCGCAAGCGCUUCUCGCUGCCGGGCGCCUGCGAGUACACCCUGGUGCAGGACUUCGUCGACGGGAAGCUGCUGAUCACGGCCGAGCACGAGCCCUGCGGCAGCCGCGGGCCCCCGAGCUGCCUCCGCGCCCUCUCCGUCACCGUGCACGGGACCUCCGCGCGGCUCCGCGGCGCAGGCGACGUGACGGUGAACGGGAAGGCGGUGACGCUGCCCUUCGCCAGCGCCGACGUGACCAUCCGCCGCGCCUCCUCCUCCUUCGUGCUGCUCCAGGCCUUCGGGGCCCACGUGCUCUGGGGGCUGGAGACCCCCACGGCGUACGUCACCCUGCAGCCCCGCUACGCCAACAAGGUGCGAGGGCUGUGCGGCACCUACAACUGGGACCAGCAGGACGAGUUCGCCACGCCGGCGGGCGACGUGGAGGCCAGCGUCUCCGCCUUCGCCAACAAGUACCGGGCGUCCGGCGACUGCCCGGCGCUCAGCCCCUUCCCCUUCGACCCCUGCGGCGCCUACGCGCAGCGGCGCGACUCCGCCGAGGCCGCCUGCGCCGUCCUGCAUGGCUCCGCCUUCCAGCCCUGCCACGACCUGGUGGAGCGGGAGCCCUUCUACCAGCUGUGCCUGCACGACGCCUGCGCCUGCCCCGCCGGCCGGAGCUGCCUGUGCCCGGCGCUGGCCGCCUACGCCCGGCAGUGCGCCCAGGAGGGCGCCGAGCUCUCCUGGAGGAACCGGACCUUCUGCGGCGUGCAGUGCGGCGGCGGGCAGGCGUACCUGGAGUGCAGCCGUCCCUGCGGCCGGACCUGCGCCGAGCUGCGCCUGCCCGGCGCCGGCUCCUGCCCGGGCCUCGAGGGCGUCUGCGUGCCCGGCUGCAACUGCCCCCGGGGGCUGGUGCUGGACGACGGCGGGCAGUGCGUCCCGCCGGGUGCCUGCCCCUGCCGGCACGCCGACGGCACCUACGCGCCGGGCAGCACCGUCCGCAAGAGCUGCAACACCUGCGUCUGCACGGCCGGCGCCUGGAACUGCACCGCGUCCCCCUGCCCCGCGGUGGCCCGGUGCCCCGGCGAGCUGGUCUACGCCGUCGGCUCCUGCCUGCGCACCUGCGACAGCGCCGAGCCCAACGGGACGUGCGCGGGGCUCUCCGACGGCUGCGUCUGCCCCCCCGGCACCGUCUUCCUGGACGGGCGCUGCGUGUCCCCGGAGGAGUGUCCCUGCCACCACAAUGGGCGGCUGUACCAGCCCAACGACACCAUCGUCCGGGACUGCAACACCUGCGUGUGCCGCCGGCAGCGCUGGCACUGCAGCAGCCGGCAGUGCGCGGGGACCUGCGUGGCCACGGGCGACCCCCACUACGUCACCUUCGACGGCAGAGCCUUCUCCUUCCUGGGCGACUGCGAGUACGUGCUGGCGCGCGAGGCCGACGGCCUCUUCACCGUCACCGCCGAGAACGUGCCCUGCGGCGCCGGCGGCGUCACCUGCACCAAGUCGGUGGUGGUGACGCUGGGCAACACGGUGGUGCACAUGCUGCGAGGGAGGGACGUGACGGUGAACGGGGUCUCCGUGCGGCCCCCCAAGGUCUACAGCGGCAACGGGCUGACGCUGGAGCGAGCCGGGCUCUUCCUGGUGCUCCUGUCCCGCCUGGGGCUCACGGUGCUCUGGGACGGAGGCACCCGGGUGUACGUGAAGCUGGACCCGCAGCACCGGGGCCGCGUGGCGGGGCUCUGCGGGAACUUCGACCGCGACGCCGAGAACGACUUCGCCAGCCGGCAGGGCGUCGUGGAGCCCACCGCCGACCUCUUCAGCAACUCCUGGCGCGUCAGCCUGCUCUGCCCCGAGGUCGACGGCGAGGACGCGGAGCACCCCUGCACCGAGAACCCGCACCGCGUGCCCUGGGCGCGCAAGCGCUGCAGCGUGCUCACGCAGCGCCUCUUCGCGCCCUGCCACGACGCGGUGCCCUGCCAGCAGUUCUACGAGUGGUGCGUCUUCGACGCCUGCGGCUGCGACUCCGGCGGGGACUGCGAGUGUCUCUGCACGGCCAUCGCCGCCUACGCGGAGGAGUGCGGCCAGCGCGGCAUCCACGUCCGCUGGAGGAGCCAGGAGCUGUGCCCCCUGCAGUGCGACCGCGGGCUGGAGUACCUGGCCUGCGGCCCCGCCUGCCCCCAGACCUGCAAGAACGUCGGCCUGGAGCUGCCCGAGCGCUGCGAGACGGCGUCCUGCCUGGAGGGCUGCUUCUGCCCCGAGGGGAAGGUGCUGCACGAGGACGGCUGCAUCGACCCCUCCGAGUGCCCCUGCUACUGGGAGGGCACCUCCUUCCCCUCCGGGGCCGUGCUGCAGCAGGGCUGCAAGAACUGCACCUGCGAGGCCGGGCUGUGGCAGUGCGGCUCGCCGGCGGAGCCCUGCGCGGCCGAACCGCGCUGCGCCGAGGAGGAGUUCGCCUGCCGGGCGAGCGGGCGCUGCGUGCCCAGCGCCUGGGUCUGCGACAACGAGGACGACUGCGGCGACGGCUCGGACGAGUUCUGCGCCCUGCGCUGCGCCCCGCACCAGUACCGCUGCGCCAGCGGGCAGUGCGUGCCCUGGGGCGCCCGCUGCGACGGCGCGGCCGACUGCCUCGACGCCUCCGACGAGGGCGGCUGCCCCGCGCCCGCCUGCGCCCCGGGGGAGUUUCGCUGUGCCGGCGGGCGCUGCAUCCCCCGGGCGCACGUCUGCGACGGGGAGCUGGACUGCGGCUUCGCCGACGACUCCGACGAGGCAGGCUGCAGCCCGAGCUGCGGGGCCGGCGAGUACCGCUGCGCGGCGGGGCGCUGCGUGCCCUACCUGCAGCGCUGCGACGGGCGCGACGACUGCGGCGACUUGAGCGACGAGCGGGGCUGCGUGUGCCCGGGCGGCCACUUCCAGUGCCCCGAGGCCACCUGCCUGCCGCCGGCCGCCGUGUGCGACGGCAAGGACGACUGCGCCACGGGCACCGACGAGGCCUUCUGCCCAGGACGGGUGACCUGCGCCCCGGGGCAGCUCCUCUGCCCCGACGGCUCGUGCAUCGGCAGCGCCAAGGUGUGCGAUGGCACCUGGGACUGCGGGGACGGCUCGGAUGAGAGCCCGGAGCGGUGCGCGGCGGCCAGGGCCACCGCCGUGCCGGCCAGCCUGCUCACGGUGCCUGCAAACCGCACGGCAGCCCCGCCGUGCGGGCGCUACGAGUUCCCCUGCGGGAGCGGGGGCUGCAAGCCGCGGGGCUGGGUCUGCGACGGCGAGGCCGACUGCGCGGACGGCAGCGACGAGCUGGGCUGCAACCGCACCUGCGGGCUGGAGCGGUUCCCCUGCGCCCUCGGCGCCGAGUGCAUCCCCUACGCGCAGCUCUGCGACGGCGUGCCCCACUGCCGCGACCGGUCGGACGAAAGCGCCGAUAACUGCGGCUCCACGCAGAUCCCGCCGUGCCCGGGCCACUUCGUGUGCAACAGCCGCCUGUGCGUGAACGUGUCCAGGGUGUGCGACGGUGCCCUGGACUGUCCCCAGGGCGAGGACGAGCUGGCCUGCGAGGGCCACGUCCCCGCGGGCGAGAGGAACCGCACAGCCGGCCCCUGCGCCGAGUACGCGUGCGGCGAGGGCACGUGCAUCGCCUUCAAGCAGGUGUGCGACGGGCUGGCGGACUGCGCCGACGGCAGCGCGGCCGCGGGCUGGCUGCCCUCGGACGAGCGCGGCUGCGGGCUCUGGAGCCCCUGGGCGCCCUGGAGCGCCUGCAGCCGCAGCUGCGGCCCCGGGCUGCAGGUGCGGGCGCGGGGCUGCACCCGGCGCGCGCCCGGCGUGCUGCACCAGUGCCGCGGCGAGGGCACGCAGGCGCGCCAGUGCUUCAGCAUGGCCUGCCCCGUGGACGGCGCCUGGAGCGAGUGGGCGACGUGGUCCAACUGCACGGCCGACUGCCGCGGCGUGGUGGUGCGGCGCCGGGGCUGCGUGCCGCCCCGCAACGGGGGCCUCCGCUGUGCCGACCUGCCCGGCGGCCCCCCCGCCACCCUGGAGCUCGACACGUGCCGGCUGGACGACUGCCGCAACGUCACGGCCUGCCCCGCGGGGCUGCUGAGGCGGACGUGUGCCCCCUGCCCCACGUCCUGCGCCGACCUCUCCAGCCGGGCGCAGUGCAGGCGCGACCGGCCCUGCAGCCCAGGGUGCUGGUGCGCGGAGGGGCUGGUGCUGGACGGCGCGGGGCGGUGCGUGCGCCCCGGCGAGUGCCCCUGCGAGGUGGACGGGACGCGCUACCGGCCGGGGCAGCUGGCCAAGGUGAACUGCCGCGUCUGCGUCUGCCAGGACGGGCAGAUGAAGCGCUGCCGCCACAACCCCGAGUGCACAGUGAACUGCGGCUGGUCGUCCUGGUCGCCCUGGGGCGACUGCCUGGGGCCCUGCGGGGUCCAGAGCAUCCAGUGGUCCUUCCGCAGCCCCAACAACCCCAGCAAGCACGGCGGCGGGCGGCAGUGCCGCGGCAUCUACCGCAAGGCACGCAGGUGCCAGACGGAGCCGUGCCAGGCGUGCGAGCAGGGCGGGCGGCCCCGGGCGCCGGGGACCCGCUGGCGCUGGGGACAGUGCCAGGUGUGCCAGUGCCUGCCCGACCUGACGGUGCAGUGCUCGCCCUACUGCCCCUACGGCGCGGCCGCCUGCCCCGAGGGCCAGGUGCUGGUGGAGGGCCGGGGCGAUGCUUGCUGCUACUGCGCCAACGCCGAGCCCUGCUACGGCCCGCUGGGCAUCGCGGCGCUGCCGGACAGCAGCUUCACGGCGUCCUCGGAGCAGGCGGGGAACCCGGCGCGUGCCGGGCGCCUGCACCGCGUGGCCCCGGGGCUGGAGCUGCAGGGCUGGGCGCCGCCGCCCGACGCCUACCCCCAGCUGCUCUCCCAGCCCCCCUUCCUGCAGCUGGACCUGCUGGAGCCCAGGAACCUCACCGGCGUGGUGGUGCAGGGAGCCGGCUCCAGCGACGCCUACGUCACCGCCUUCCUCCUGCGGUUCAGCGCCGACGGCGUCCGCUGGCACGACUACCGCGAGCUCUUCCAGGGCAACUCUGACGACUCGACGCCGGUGGCGCGGACGUUCGGGCGCAUGCUCCAGGCCCGGCUCGUCCGCAUCCUCCCGCAAGACUUUCACAACGGCAUCUUCCUCCGGGCCGAGCUGCUGGGCUGCGGGCGAGUGUCCCCCGCGGUGCCGGGGGCUGCGACGGCGCUGCCGGACCGGCGGCUCUGCCGCGCCGGCGAGUUCCAGUGCCGCAACGGGCGCUGCGUCCCCGGGGGCCCCCGCGGCGCCCUGUGCGACGGGGCCGACGACUGCGGGGACCUCUCGGACGAGCUGCGCUGCGGGACCGGCAGCCCCGCGGCGCCCCGGCAGUGCCUGCCGCCCCGCUUCCCCUGCGCGCCGGCCGGCGGCUGCCUCGAGCCGUCCCAGCGCUGCGACGGCGUCGCCGACUGCCCCGAUAGCACCGACGAGGCCGGCUGUGCCCUUCCCGGCAGCGCCGCGCCGACCGCCGCCUCCGCCAGCAUCGCCGCCCCCGCUAGAGCCGGCGUCCUGGGCCCGUCCACCGAGCAGCCUUCGCCCCCCCACGGCAUCGCGCCCACGCCGCAAGGCACCGCCCUGCCCGGCACCGGGAUGCCGGUCCCUGCGGUGACAUCGGGGCCUGCAGCCGGGACGCCCAGCCCCACCGACGGGAGCAGCGGGGCCGAGGCGGUGGGCGAGCUGGUGACGCUGAUGAAGCCGAUGGCCACCACGCCGCCAGCCCCGCUGCUGCCCCGGCUGCUGUGCGCCCGCGGGCAGUUCGCCUGCGCGGCGCUGGGCUGCGUGGAGGCCGCUGCCGUGUGUGACGGGCGGCAGGACUGCCUGGACGGCUCCGACGAGACGCAGUGCGGUGGCCCCACAGCCUCGGCCGGCCCCAUGGUGCCCACGGCCUGGCCCCCCACGUGCUCCCCCAAGCAGUUCUCCUGCGGCUCCGGGGAGUGCCUGGCCCUGGACAAGCGCUGCGACCUGCACCGCGACUGCGCUGACGGCUCUGAUGAGAGCGACUGCGUCGACUGCAUCAUGUCGGCCUGGAGCGGCUGGAGCGAGUGCAGCCGCUCGUGCGGGCUGGGGGUCACCUUCCGCCGGCGGGACCUGCUGCGAAACGCCCUGCCGGGGGGUGCCUGCGACCGCCGCGAGUUCGACAGCCGCUCCUGCUUCCUCCGCGCCUGCCCAGUGCACGGCGCCUGGGCGGCCUGGGGCGCCUGGUCCCAGUGCGACGCCGAGUGCCGGGGGGGUGUGCGGAGCCGCGCGCGGAGCUGCGCCGACCCCCCGCCCAAGAACGGGGGCCAGCCGUGCCCGGGGGAGGCCGUGCAGACCCAGCCCUGCAACCUGCAGCCCUGCGGGGACGCCCGAGACUGCGGCCCCGAGAUGGUGUUCGUGCAGGCGGGCGACUGCGAGCGGGGCCUGGCGUCCCCGUGCGCCCGGGCCUGCGGGGACCUGAGCGCCGCGCCGAGCUGCCGGAGCCCCUGCGAGGAGGGCUGCCGGUGCCCGCCGGGGCUCUUCCUGCAGGAGGGCGGCUGCGUGAACGCCAGCCAGUGCCACUGCUACGCGGGCCAGCAGCGCCGCCUCCCCGGCGAGGUGUUCCCCCGCGGCGGCUGCAGCCAGUGCGUGUGCCUGGACGGGGUGGUGACGUGCGAGGACGCGGCCUGUCCCGUCGACUGCGGCUGGUCGGCGUGGUCGGCGUGGACGGCGUGCGACCGCAGCUGCGGCGCGGGCAUGCAGCAGCGGUUCAGGUCCCCCUCGAACCCGGCGGCGGCCCACGGCGGAGCCCCCUGCGACGGGGACGCCCAGGAGGUGCGGCAGUGCCACGUGCCCUGUGCCACCGCAGAGCCAAGCAGCCACUGGAGCGCCUGGACGUCCUGGUCCCCCUGCUCCAAAACCUGCUUCCACGACGCGGACCGGGUCGGCACGAGGAAGCGCUUCCGGCACUGCGGCGGCGGCGCGGGGGCCUGUCCGGGGCCGGCGGUGCAGGAGGAGACGUGCGACACGCCGCCCUGCCCGGUGGGAGGUGUCUGGACGCCCUGGACAGCCUGGUCCGAGUGCUCGGCGCCCUGCGACGCCGGCGUGCAGACGCGCAACCGCUCCUGCUCCCGGCCGGCCCACGGGGGCCCCGGCUGCGCGGGGCCCCUCGUCCAGACCCGCGACUGCAACACGCAGCCCUGCAAAGCGCUCUGCCCCGGGGACAUGGUGUACCGGACGGCGGAGGAGUGCCGGCGCGGCGGGGGGGCCUGCCCGCGGCUCUGCCUGGACCAGGGCGCCGGCGUGGAGUGCGCGGCCCACUGCUACGAGGGCUGCUACUGCCCCGACGGGCUCUUCCUGCAGAACGACACCUGCGUGCCGCGCGGCCGCUGCCUCUGCUACCACCGCGGUGCCCUGUACCGGCCCGGUGACACCGUUGCCCUCGACGCCUGCAACAACUGCACCUGCACGGCCGGGGAGAUGGUGUGCGGCACGGAGCCGUGCCCAGUGCACUGCGGCUGGAGCAGCUGGACGGCGUGGAGCGCCUGCAGCCGCAGCUGCAACGUGGGCACGCGGCGGCGGUACCGCACCGGCUCCGCUCCGCCGGCCGCCUUCGGGGGCCGCGACUGCCGGGGCCCCGGCGUGGAGAUGGAGUUCUGCAGCCCGCAGCCCUGCCGCGCCGGAGCCGAGUGGGGGCCCUGGUCGGAGUGCUCGGUGCCCUGCGGGGGCGGCUACAGGAACCGCACGCGGAGCAGCCCCCUCCCCGGCGGCCUCGAGUUCAGCACCUGCAGCCUGGCGCCCUGCCCCGCCGAGGCGCCUGGCGUCUGCCCGGCUGGGAAGGUGUGGAAGGAGUGUGCCGACGUCCCCGGCUCGUGCGCCGAGCUGAGCACCGUCCCCGCCGCCAACGCGACCUGCCGCGCCGGCUGCUUCUGCCCGCCGGGUGCCGUGCUGCUGAAUAACGAGUGCGUGGCCGAGACGGAGUGUCCCUGUGCCGCCGAUGGCAAGCUCUACCCGCCCGGAGCAGCCAUGCCCUGGGGCUGCGAGAACUGCUCCUGCGUCGCCGGACGGAUCACCAACUGCUCCCGGGCGGCUUGCGACGACGCGAGCGGGCGCUGGUCCACCUGGACCCCCUGGAGCGAGUGCUCGGCCUCCUGCGGACUGGGGCUGCAGCGCCGGCACCGCCUGUGCGCGGCCGCCGGGACCCCCUGCCCGGGGCCGCAGCCGGAGCCGGAGCCGGAGCCGGACGAGCGUCCCUGCAUCCUGGAGCCCUGCGCCCCCCCGGACUGCGCCGCCGUGGAGGGCUCCACGUACAGCCGCUGCGGCCCCUCCUGCCCCCGCUCCUGCGACGACAUCGCGCACUGCGCCUGGCGCUGCGAGCCCGGCUGCUACUGCCCCCCGGGCCGGGUGCUGGACCCCGGCGGGGCGGCGUGCGUGGCCCCCCGGCACUGCCCCUGCCUCGACCUGCUCACGGGGCGACGCUACCUGCCCGGGGAGACCGUCGCCCGCGGGGACGGCUGCAACAACUGCACCUGCACGGAGGGGAAGCUGCUGUGCACCGGCCUGCCCUGCCCCGUGCCCGGCGGCUGGUGCGACUGGUCCCCGUGGACGCCCUGCUCGCGGAGCUGCGGCGGCGAGGCGGCGAGCCGGUACCGCGCCUGCUCCUGCCCCCAGCCCCAGCGGGGCGGCGCGGCGUGCGCCGGGGAGCAGGAGCGGCACGGGGACGCCGGGCUGCAGCGCCAGCGCAAGGGCUGCCCCGCCGCCGCCGCCGCCUGCCCCGUGGACGGCGCCUGGGGCGCCUGGGGCCCCUGGUCCCCCUGCGAGGGCUGCGCGGGGCGGGCGACGCGCGUCCGGCACUGCGCCAGCCCCGCCGCCCGCUUCGGGGGCCUGCCGUGCGCCGGGGAAGCCCGCCAGAGCCGGCCGUGCCCGGAGGAGAGCAGCGCCUGCGAGGCCUGCGGCGGCGGCCGGGUGUCCCUCGCCUGCGGCAAGCCCUGUCCCCGCGCCUGCGAGGACCUGCACGAGGACACGGCGUGCCUGGAGGGCCCCCGCUGCCAGCCCGCCUGCGCCUGCCCCCCCGGGCUGCUGCUGCAGGACGGCGCCUGCGUGAGCCCCGACCGCUGCCGCUGCAAGUACCCCAACAGCUCCCUGGGCGACACCGUGCCGGGCGACACCGUGCCGGGCAACAUCCUGCAGCCCGGCGAGAGCGUGCGUGGCCCCUGCCAGAACUGCACGUGCGAGGCCGGGCAGCUGCGGUGCCGCGCGUCGCCCGGGUGCCGCGUGGACGGCGGCUGGAGCCCCUGGGGGCCGUGGACGCCCUGCGCUGGGGGCUGCCGCGCCGGCACCCAGCUCCGCGCCCGCCAGUGCAGCAACCCGGUGCCCCAGGGCGGGGGCCGGGGCUGCCGCGGGCAGAGCCAGCAGCAACGCGCCUGCCCCACGGACGGCACCUGCGCAGAGGAGGAGCCGUGGGACGAGUGGUCGCCGUGGGGGCCGUGCAGCGUCUCCUGCGGCGGCGGCGAGCAGAUGCGCAGCCGGACCUGCCGCCAGCGCGAGUGCCCGGGGCUGCCGGAGCAGAGCAGGACCUGCAACACCCACGUGUGCCGCGAGGCGGGCUGCCCCGGCGGGCGGCUGUACCGCGAGUGCCUGCCGGGCGAGGGCUGCCCCUACAGCUGCGCCCAGCUGGCGGGGCGCGUGGCCUGCUUCGCCCAGCGCUGCGACGAGGGCUGCCACUGCCCCCGCGGCGCCUUCCUGCACCGCGGCGCCUGCCUCCAGGCGUGUCCCUGCGCGGUGCCGGCCGAGGUCCUGCGGGAGCUGCACAACGGCUCGGAGCCGCCGUCACCGCCGGAGGUGCCGCACGGCAGCACCCUCAGCACCGCCUGCACCAACUGUGCUGACCCCCCCCCCCGGGCAGAUGCUGCGGAGGGCUCGGGCCCCUGGGGGCCCUGGUCGCGGUGGGGGCCCUGCUCGCGCAGCUGCACCGAGCCCCCCCGCCCCGCCACCAAGAGCCGCUCCCGCCCCUGCACCGCCGCCGCCUGCACCGGCGAGGCCCGGCAGCAGCUGCCCUGCAACCUGCCCCACUGCGCCGCGGUGCCGUGCCGGGGCGAGGAGUGCGCCGGCGCCAACUGCUCCUGGACGCCGUGGGGGCCGUGGGGCGGCUGCUCCCGCAGCUGCGGGGGGGGCCUGCAGCAGCGCCUGCGCGCCUACACCCCCCCCGGGCCGGGGGGCCGCUGGUGCCCCGCCGAGCUCGGCGCCCACGUGCAGCGCCGCCGCUGCAGCCCCCAGCCCUGCCGAGUGGACGGCGCCUGGUCGCGGUGGGGGCCCUGGUCGCGGUGCGACCGGCCGUGCGGGGGGGGCCGCGCCAUCCGCACCCGCGCCUGCACCGGCCCCCCGCCCAAGAACGGCGGGCAGCGCUGCCGGGGCGAGCGGCACCGCGUGCGCGUCUGCAACGCCCGGCCCUGCGGGGAGGGCUGCCCCCCCGGCAUGGCCCCCGCGGCCUGCGCCAGCCGCUGCCCGCGCCGCUGCCGGGACCUGCAGGAGGGCACCGCCUGCCAGGACGGGGAGCCCUGCGAGCCGGGCUGCCGCUGCCCCGACGGGACCCUGGAGCAGGACGGCAGCUGCGUGUCCCCUGCGCAGUGCGAGUGCACGGACGCGCAGGGCCGCAGCUGGGCGCCGGGCAGCCUGUUCCACGACGGCUGCAACAACUGCACCUGCGCCGAGGGGCGGCUGCUCUGCACCAACCGCAGCUGCCCGUCCCAGCACUGCGACUGGAGCAGCUGGUCCAGCUGGUCCCCGUGCAGCGUCACCUGCGGGGACGGCCUGCAGGAGCGCUUCAGGGCACCCACGUCGGGCGCGGGGGCCCUUGAGUGCGGCACGGAGCAGCAGGAGAGCCGGGCGUGCGGCGCGGGGCACUGCCCACCCCUGUGCCCCCACGGCGCGGGGGACAGGCGCCUGGGCGACGUGUGGCUGCAGGGCGACUGCCAGCGAUGCACCUGCACCCCGGAGGGUCCCUCCUGCCAGGACGUCCCCUGUGCCGGUGCCUCCUCCACAGCCCCGGGGCAGGAGCGGUGCAACUGGACCGAGUGGAGCCCCUGCUCCCGGAGCUGCGGCACCGGGCUGGCGUCCCGCGAGGCCACGUGCGCCUGCCCGGCCCCCGGCCCCCCCGAUGCCCCCUGCAACGCCAGCGCGCGCCAGGAGCUGCGGGCCUGCUACCUGCGCCCCUGCCCAGACCAGUGCGCCUGGAGCCCCUGGACCCCGUGGAGCCCCUGCUCCUGCAGCCUCCCGGUGCAGCAGCGCUACCGGCACCAGCUCGGCACCGGUGCGGACACUGGCGCCGGCUCGGAGCUGUGCGUGGGGCUGGACGGGCAGUUCCGCGUGUGCAACCGCUCGGGGUGCUCAGCAGCCAGCUGCCAGCCGCCCUUCGAGUACCGGCCCUGCGGCUCGCCCUGCGCCGGGCUCUGCUCCACCCGGCAGCACCCGGAGCUGUGCGCGGACCUGCCGCCCUGCCUGCCCGGCUGCUUCUGCCCCCAGGGGCUGCUGGAGCAGAGCGGUGCCUGCGUGCCGCCGGCGCAGUGCGGCUGCCUGCACGUCAGCGGGCUGGACGGCCCCGUGCGCCUGGCCGCGGGCGACACCAUCCUGCUGGGCUGCAAGGAGUGCGUGUGCCGGGACGGCGCCCUGCGGUGCAGCAGCGAGGGCUGCCAGGGGCUGCUGCCGCUGAGCGCCUGGUCGGAGUGGUCGCCCUGCAGCCCCUGCCUGCCCCUGGCAGCGCUCGGCCCCGGCACCGGCUCCCCGGCGGCCGGGGAACUGCUGGCCUCGGUGCAGCGCCGCUACCGCACCUGCCUGGACCCGCAGAGCGGGCGGCCCUGGGCCGGCGGCGGGGCCGCCUGCGCCGCGGAGCUGCAGCAGGAACGCCUCUGCCCGCGGCCCCGCGCCUGCCCAGACCCCUGCCUCUGGGGCCCCUGGGGGCCCUGGGGGCCCUGCCGGGCGCCCUGCAGCGGGGGCUUCCGCCUGCGCCGCCGCCACCCCCAGCACCCGGCCGGCGACGGGCAGUGCCGCGGUGCCCACUCGCAGACGGAGAGCUGCAACACCGCCGCGUGCCCAGGGGAGGGGUGCGAGCACCGCGGCAAGGUGUUUGCGGCGUCCUGCGCCAACGGCUGCCCCCGCACCUGCGCCGACCUCUGGCCUCACGUGGAGUGUCUGCAGGGGGGCUGCAAGCCGGGGUGCCGGUGCCCUGAGGGGCAGCUGCUGCAGGACGGGGCGUGCGUGCCGGUCGCUGACUGCCGCUGCGGGCUCCCCCGGGCCAACGGCACCCUGGAGCUCCGGCCGGGGCAGGCGGCCGAGGUCGAGUGCCACAACUGCACCUGCGCGAACGGCAGCUUGGCGUGCCCGGCCGCGGCGUGCCCGUCCUACGGGCCCUGGUCCGCCUGGAGCCCCUGCUCCCAGAGCUGCGGCGGGGGCAGCACCCGGCGGCACCGCGGCUGCGAGGAGCGCGCCGGCGGGGCACCCUGUGCGCCCGAGGCCACGGAGGAGACGGCCGCCUGCAACCCGCAGCCCUGCCCCGCCGGCUGCCGGAUGAGCGCCUGGUCCCCCUGGAGCCCCUGCAGUGCCAGCUGCGGCGGCGGCAUCUCCGAGCGGAGCCGGGUGCCGCUGCCGGCGCAGGAGGGUGCCGAGGAGCCGUGCCCGGAGCUGCCGCUGCUGCUGCAGCGGCUCUGCAACCCCCACAACUGCACGCCGGAGUGCCCGAGCGGCCAGGUGCGCAGCGGCUGCGCCAACGCCUGCCCCCACGCCUGCGCCCACCUCCGCCCCGGGACCCGCUGCCUGCAGGAGGGCUGCGUGCCCGGCUGCGCCUGCCCCCCCGGACAGGUGCUGCAGGACGGUGCCUGCGUCCCCCCCGAGGAGUGCCGCUGCGUGCUGGCCCCCCCCGUGCCCUGGGCGCACAACCUGUCGCGGGAGGAGCGGGCGCAGGAGCACCCGCCGGGCAGCCGCAUCCACCACCGCUGCAACAGCUGCCUCUGCAUCCGCGGCGCCUUCAACUGCUCGCAGCAGGAUUGCAACGCCGACUGCGUCUGGUCGCCCUGGUCGCCCUGGUCGCCCUGCUCCGCCACGUGCGGGCCGGGCGAGCGCCUCUCCCGCCGGCACCCGCUGCGGCAGCGCCUCUACGAGGGGGCCGAGUGCGUGGGGCCGGCCGCCCGCCGGGCCCCCUGCGACCUCCCGGACUGCGCCUGCCCGCCGGGGGAGCACUGGCAGGGGCCCGGGGCGCCGGCGGGCUGCGAGCGGAGCUGCCGGGAGGUCUUCGGGGAGCCGCCGCGCAACUGCAGCGGGGCCGCGGGCUGCGCCUGCGAGCCGGGGCGCUACCGCAGCGGCGGCGGGGAGUGCGUCACGGCCGCCCGCUGCGAGUGCCUGCACCGGGGGCGGCUGCACCAGCCCGGCAGCGAGUGGCUCGAGGACUGCGCGACGUGCCGCUGUGUCAACGGCAGGGCCGCCUGCGCGGCCGCCUGCCCCCCGCUCGCCUGCCCCGAGGGCGAAGCCAAGGUGCAGGAGCCGGGCAGCUGCUGCCCCGUGUGCAGGAGGGAAGCGCUGGAGGAGCCGUCCUCCAUGUGCCAGCGCUUCACCGAGGUGCGCAACAUCACCAAGGGCCGCUGCUCGCUGCACGGCGUCGAAGUGAGCUACUGCAGCGGGCGAUGCCUCUCCCGCACCACCGUCAUGCCCGAGGAGCCCUACCUGCAGACGCGGUGCGACUGCUGCAGCUACCGCCUGGACCCCGCCAGCCCCGUGCGCAUCCUCAGCCUGCGGUGCGACGACGGCGAGCUGGAGCCCGUGGUGCUGCCCGUCAUCCACAGCUGCGAGUGCAGCAGCUGCCAGGGCGGGGACUUCUCCGAGCGCUGA